UACCAAAUUAGCAUCAUUUAAUAAACUUACAAGGUAUAUUAAUUAUUACUAAUAAAUAUAGUAGAUAAUAUUUUGAAACACAAAUUGAUCUCUUUCCAGUAUCUGACUCAUUACGCAAAUAUCUGAAUUUGAAGUACACUUUUUUUUCAGUGUUUUUGAAAGGUACUAGAAGCUUAUAGAAUCACCAAAUCAGCCUACAAUGUCAGAAAUCACGUUCGUUACAGGUAACGCAAACAAGUUGAAAGAAGUAAUUGCCAUUCUUGCCAGUGAAGAUGGUAAAGUUGGUAAAUAUACUAUUACGAAUAAAUCCUUAGACUUGGAUGAGGUUCAAGGUUCUAUUGAAGAGAUUUCUAUUCAUAAAGCUAAAGAGGCCGCAAAGAUUAUUGGAGGACCUGUUUUAGUUGAAGAUACUUGUUUAGGCUUCAAUGCUUUCAACAAUUUACCUGGUCCAUAUAUCAAAUGGUUUGUUAAGUCUAUUGGAUUAAGUGGAUUAGUAGAUAUGUUAUACAAAUUUGAAGAUAAAGGUGCUAAAGCCAUUUGUACUUUUGGAUAUUGUGAAGGUCCUGGAAAGGAAGUCAAAUUAUUCCAAGGUAUUACCGAUGGAAAGAUCGUUGAUAGUAGAGGUCCAACCAAUUUCGGAUGGGAUUCUAUUUUUGAACCUAUUGGUUUUGAUCAAACAUAUGCCGAAUUAGAUAAAUCAGUGAAAAAUACUAUUUCCCAUAGAUUCAAGGCUUUAGAUAAAGUUAGAGAUUAUUUAUUGACUAAUUGAUGCAAAAUGGUAUUAUUACCUAUACAUAAUGUAAAUAAUAAAUAUAUAAAGAUUCGUAAA